AUGCUAAUUAGUGAUGGAAGCUCCCAUUUCGCCAAAAAGCAAUUUGAAGCUCUUCUCAAGAGGUAUGGCGUUCAUCACAAGGUUGGAUUACCUUACCACCCUCAAACUCAAGGACAAGUGGAGGUCUCGAAUCGUGAAAUCAAAAAUCUUCUUGAAAGGAUGGUGAACAAAUCAAGGAAAGAUUGGUCUCUCAAACUUGAUGACACGCUAUGGGCUCUAAGGACGGCGUACAAGACUCCAAUCGCCACGACCCCCUAUAGGUUGGUUUAUGGAAAGGCUUGUCACUUGCCAGUUGAGUUGGAGUACAAGGCUUGGUGGGCCAUCAAAGAGCUCAAUAUGGAUUUAUCGUUGGCCGGUGAAAUGAGAUUGCUUAAGCUCAAUGAUCUUGAAGAGCUUAGAGAUGUUGCUUAUGAAAGCUCAAGGUUAUAUAAGGAGAAGACCAAAAAGUGGCAUGACCAACAUAAUUGA